AUGGAACAAGCAGAAGAAUUCCCUGAUCCCAUUUCUAUUUUUCAAGCACAGGUCCUAGAGCUGACUCAGCAGCUCCAACAGCUUAUGACAGCUUCCUGGAGUAAUCAGCCUACAGCCCCUGUGUCUAAUCUCCAACCCAAUAGUAACUAUGACACCACUACCUAUGUUGAAGAACAGCUGGAUCUCGGUCGUCAUUUCGGUACUCUGCACAAACAUGCCACUAUCCCUCUUCCUCGUGAGCCUGGGUUAGAAGAAGUCCACGUGGUUUAUGCGGAUUCGGCAAGGAAGCCAGAUCCUACCGCUUUCUCCAAAAUCGAGCUUUGGCACACGGACGUGACACAUGAGCAGCAGCGUGACCAUCAAGCAGAAUGA